CUCCUUGACGAACAGACUGCAUUACCCAGAAUCCUCAGCUCAAAACAGACAUCACCAGCGGCACAUGCUUUUAAUCAUGGCGGCCGCCGCUAAAAACAUGGUUGCUGUUGACGACACUAGCAGUAGUGACGAUGAAGCACUUAAAAGAUGUCAGGAGGCAGUUUGGGACAUACGAAGUGACGAGAACAAAGAUGAGGACAGCAAUGUGCAACAGUCAAAGCGUGUUGUUGUCGCUGACCAUGACCACGAUGGUAACGAGCUUCAGGUCACCAAAGGGUUUCAAAUACACGUUGCUAAAAAGUUGGGACAUCUGCUUGACAGUUCCAUUACAGAGAUGGAGACUGAGACUUUAUCCUGUGUGAAAUCAGCUAAAUAUGGUGGUGGUGAUGAUGAAGGAUUCCGUCUGUUUUCUACGUCAGUCCCGGGACAGACAGCUGAUGAUCCUCCGGCCCCUGUGAGGCGUCGGCCCGUACCCAGCUCAAGUGACAGCGACAGUGAGAUGGAAACACGGCUGAGGGAGGCAGCGGUGUCUGUCAAAGAUCUCUUAGGCACGUCGUCACUGCCCUCUACACUCUCCACUCCCUCGACAGAGCUACCCUGCUCCGAAAAAGUAAAGAAAAAGACGAAAGUGGCAGAGGGAGAGGAGAACCAUGUUAAGAAGAAAAAGAAGAAAAAAAAGAGGAAACCGAAUCAAGAAGAGAGUGAGCAGGUGGACUCUGCAGGUUCUCCUCUUAAUGCUCAAAGAAAUUGUGAGCCCAGGACCUCAGAGCAGGAACACACACAGGUCAAAGUGAAACGGAAAAAGAAAAAGAAGCGAGAAUUACACCCAGAGGAAGAAGCUUUGAACUGAAUUUCCUCUGACUUAUCUUUCACUGUUUCGGGGAUGUUUGUUUGUUAUCCAGUCUGCCAUAGUUCGUUACAAGCUUGAAAUAUAUUUCCUGAAAACAUUUAGAGUAUAUUUUUAGGAAGCCACAUGUUUCAGAGCAUGCAGCAAAUACACAACAGUAAAUGCAUCAAAAAUGUGUAAACGAAACCCCCUUUUUUUUUUUUUUUUCAUUAAAAAUCUUUUCAUACCA